UAUUAGCGUGCUGUCUCGAUCGAGGCUCAGUGACGGAGAACCAGCUGUACAAGAAUCGUCAAUCGUGUCGAUAGUGCAUCAGUUUUACGAGAACCGUUCGAUCGUUUCGAUAACGUACACCCGCGAGCCAAGCGACGUAAACGUGUCCCUUUGGAGCACACGUGUGUCCGCUGAUUGUCUACCGGCAAAAUCGGCAGAUCAAGCUCCCGAGAAGCUUCUUCGCGCGCGACAAGAUGUCCGUACCCAGCUUUCGUGAAUGUUGGAACGUUGGCGCCUCCAAUAUCGCCCGGAACACGCAUAAUCCCAUAAGGUCGAUCGUAGAGAACAUCGUUGUCGAACCCAAUCCUAACAAGCCGAUGAUUGCGUUGUCCAUCGGCGACCCUACAACUUUCGGCAAUUUAAAGCCACCGAAGGAAGUGAUCGAGGCUGUUCAAGAAAGCGUCGCGUCGCAAUUAUACAACGGAUAUGCACCGAGCACAGGCUAUCUGAAGGCGCGAGAAGCCGUAGCCGAGUACAGCUCGAACGAAUUCGUGAAAGUCGAUCCCAAGGACGUAAUCCUGUGCAGUGGAUGUUCUUGCGCACUCGACUUGUGCAUUACGGCUUUAGCUCGAGAAGGCCAAAACAUCCUAAUUCCACGACCCGGUUUUUCUAUAUAUCGAACGCUGGCGGAGGGGCUUGGUAUUAAAGUCAAAACAUAUAAUUUACGUCCGGAGCUCGGCUGGGAGAUCGAUCUGGACGACCUGAAGGAGAAAAUCGACGAGUCAACGGCGGCGAUUGUUAUAAACAAUCCGUCGAACCCGUGCGGCUCCGUGUUCAGUCGCGACCAUAUACUUGACAUUCUCGACAUUGCCGCUCGUUACUACGUACCCAUUAUAGCCGAUGAGAUUUACGAGCACAUGGUAUUUCCAGGACGGACUUUCCACUCGUUAGCGUCUCUAUCGACCGAAGUUCCUAUUUUAUCGUGCAGCGGACUAACUAAAAGAUUUUUAGUCCCAGGCUGGCGUAUGGGUUGGAUAAUAAUCCACGAUCGUCAGAACGUGCUGGAAGCCGAGAUUCGCAAAGGUUUACAAUGCUUGAGCCAGCGAAUAAUUGGCAGCAAUACUAUUAUUCAAGGUGCCUUGCCCAUGAUACUACGAAAAACGCCGCAGAAGUUUUUCGACGAUGUUAUCCGUGUUCUAUACUCACAUUCCAAGUUGGCAUACAACUGCAUAAUAAAAAUUCCGGGACUGAAGCCGAUAAUGCCGGAUGGGGCGAUGUACAUGAUGGUCUACAUCGAUCUACCGUACUUUCCGGAAUUUAAUUCCGAUCUGGAAUUCGUGCAGCGGCUGUUAAUGGAAGAAUCCGUGUUUUGCCUACCCGGCCAGUGCUUCGACUAUCGCUCUUACAUGAGGCUGGUAAUCACUGUGCCAGGCGACAUGCUUGAGGAAGCUUGUCAAAGGAUUCAAAAAUUCUGCGAGAGACAUAAUUACAAAACAGCAGAGAUCUUGAGCAGGAGUGGUUUUGUCAACGAGAUUCCAUAUUAAUAACGAUCGAACGCAGGGUAAGGUGACCAAAUGCGGAUCGACAAUUUGACGAGUCGCUAAUAAGCGACAUAAAGACACACCGAUGCCUCUUGAUGAUGUCGGCAAUACAGCAUAAAGUUGUGAACAUGAAAGAGCGCAAUUUUAAGUGAAUUACUUCAAAAUGUCGCUUAUUAGCCGCUCAGAUUUUUCACUCGCAUUUCGUAUCCGAUCCGAAUUCGGUCGUCUUACCCGAUAGAAAUUAGACAGGGUUGGGAAGUAACUCGUUACUUGUAACGAAGUUAAAGUUUGGUAACUCCAACUUAACUUCGUUACUUUUUCUUCGUCUAUAACUGUAACUUAACUCAGUUACAUUUUUUCAAUAACUAGCAGCUAAUUUAAUAGCUAUAUUAAUAGUCUACUUUAUAUGUUUUUUACACCCCCACAAAUUGCAUUAGGCCGUGCAUUUGCGCAUAACCGCUUUUACCGACGCUUUACAGUUCAAAUGCAGAUUUAAUAUUUUUAUUUUCUCACUGCAAGAAA